AUGCAAAUUCUUGAGUAUCAUCGUUAUGAAAUUCGUCUAGCGUGUUAUUCAAAUACUAGAUGUCUUCAAACCCAAGUCAGAGUGUUCAAACGUUGGGUGAAUGCAUUACUAAAGCAGGCAAAUGCCAAAGAAAUCAAUGAUGUAUUGGAAAUAUUCACUGAUCAUGAAAAUUUGUAUAAUUUAUGCAAAUAUUUAGCCAGUCAAAAAGUAGCGUGUAGUAAUCAGACAUUCGCAGAUCAUAUUCCUCAUCUGGAACGUGCAAUAACCAUUCUAGAAAAAUUAUACGGGUCAGUUAUUAGUUCUAUAAUUAAUGGUUUGGAGUAUCACUUGUACACUUUAAAGUAA